AUGCUUAAGGGAACCACCCCCGCUAUUUCUCCACCCAUGGAUAAAGCCCCAAAGGUGGUUCAGGGUGAAGAAACCAUCCAGUCAUCAUCGGCUCCGGCAACAUCCUCUAUGGACAGUUGCCCAACAGUGACUAUUUCUGAGAAAGAGGAACUAGACACACGCCCAUCCACUAGCAAGGCUGUUAGCACUGCUAAUGGGCAUGCUGUUCAGAUUCCCACCUUAGGAAAAACUCGUUUAGAUAUUCUCAAAAUUCAUUCGCGUAAAAUUAACUUGACCCGCUGCAUUAAUUUGCGUAAAGCAUCUGAACUUAUAUCGGGAACUUCUGGUGCAGAAGUUAAAAGCGUUUGUAUAGAAGCUGGUAUGUACGCAUUGUGUAAGCGUUGUGCGCAUGUUACUCAAGAAGAUUUUGAAAUGACUGUCGCUAAAGUUAUGCAGAAGGAUUCAGAUAAGAACAUGUCCAUUAAGAAAUUAUGGAAGUAA